CCUAAAAUACUGAUCACUGGUCCGCCGGGCAGUGGAAAGACUACUCUAACAACACGUGUCGCACAACUCAUUCAAGACAAACACAGCCAUCGGUUUGUCUGCAAAGGUUUCUACACUCAAGAAGUCAGAUCUGCCAAUGGCCAACGCAUUGGUUUCGACGUCAUCGACAUCGCCAACCCAUCCAACAGAAGACAAUUGGCGCGAGUGGUCGACAAUCACCGCACAGUUGGUCCCAAAGUUGGCAAAUAUAGCGUCGAUUUGGCGGCGUUCGAGUCGAUAGCCAUACCGGCGAUGACUGUAUCUCCGGAAGAGAUCCAGAGGUUAGACGAGUCGCGCAAAGAACUGGUGAUAAUUAUCGACGAAAUCGGCAAAAUGGAGGCCUUUUCGGAUCAGUUCUGCGAUGGCGUGAAGCGGUUGUUCGACUCGGAGGUGAUGUCGAAGUCAUAUCGUAUUCUGGCGACAGUUCCCGUCCGAAGAGGUGUCGCUGUGGCCGAUGAGGUGCGCCGUCUGUGCGGUACAGACACUGAGAUCCAUAUCGACUACAAGAACAGGGACUCGAUGGUCGAUCGGGUCGUGAAUAUGUUGUGCGAAACGGCCGUCAGAUAACGGAUGGACACAAGAGGUGAUGACCUCACUGUCCACUCAUUUAUAUAAGUUAUAAGUAGUUUGAGAUUAAAAUUUGAUGUAAAUAUUCAUGCGAUUUGUGUCGAGAGACUAGUAUUUAAUUGAUUCAUGUCUUCAUGUAAAGUGUAUUUCAAUUGUUUGCCAC